AGCCUAUUCCUUGGGAGAUAAAGGAGAAGAGGCAGAGGGGUUCGAUAGUAUAAACCGGUGCAGGUUUAUACAGUGGAAACACCUAGGAAGGCGGAAUACCUCGUCUCAGGAUGUCAAUGAAGUUUGAGCGCGCAGAGACCCCGUUGUGUGACAGUUCCAGUGUGAGGACUGCCCUGUCAGACCUGUAUCUGGAGACCCUGCUGCAAAACCGGGGCUCAGCCAAGGGCUAUCAAACCAGUGUCGGCUCUCACACAGAGGAGAUUUACACAAAUGGAUCUGCAGCUUCAGGGACAGAGGAAAAGAAGAGAGUACGACUUGUUCAGUUUGAAAGAGAAACCGAAGAACCUAUGGGUAUUACGCUCAAGGUAAAUUCACAGCAGAGCUGUAUAGUUGCUCGCAUCUUACAUGGAGGAUUCAUUCACAGACAAGGUUCACUUCAUGUUGGAGAUGAAAUUCUGGAAAUUAACGGGAAAAGUGUCCGAAAUCAAAGUGUGGAUCAUCUGCAGAGUGUUCUGAAAGAAAGCAAAGGGACCGUUGUUUUAAAAGUGUCACCAUCACAGAGCAAUCGCAAGCCCCCACUCCAGAUGUAUGUCCGAGCUCUGUUUGAUUACAACCCUCUUUCUGAUACACUGAUACCAUGUCGCGAGGCUGGCUUGGCCUUUCAUACUGGAGAUAUCCUUCAGAUCAUAAACAAGGAUGAUUCCAAUUGGUGGCAAGGACGUUUACAGGGUGAGGGGUCAGCUGGGCUGAUUCCCUCUCCAGAACUUCAGGAGUGGCGUGUGGCAAGCUCCAGUACAACAAAUCAGAAUCCACAGAGUUGUAGUCCUUUUAGCAAGAAGAAGAAAUGUAAAGACAAAUACCUGGCAAAGCACAGUUCUAUAUUUGACCAGCUUGAUGUAGUGUCCUAUGAGGAAGUAGUAUCUCUACCAGCUUUUACAAGAAAGACCCUUGUGCUGAUCGGCGUAAGUGGGGUUGGACGCAGCCACAUAAAAAAUACUUUAUUAGCCAAAUACCCAGAAAGAUUUGUGUAUCCAGCACCACACACCUCCCGUCCCCCUAAACGCGGAGAGGAGGAGAGUGGCUCGUAUCACUUUGUUUCAGCAGAGGAAAUGAGCCGGGCAAUCUCAGAAAAUGAGUUCCUGGAAUAUGGCAGCUUUAGUGGAUAUAUGUUUGGAACAAAGAUCCAGACUGUGAAGGAGGUUCAUAAAGAUGGGAAAGUUGCUAUUUUGGAUAUUGAGCCACAGACUCUGAAGAUGGUUCGUACAGCAGAAUUGGCUCCCUUUAUUGUGUUUAUUUCACCCACAGACAAAGAGGAGUCGGAGGCUCUGCAGAAGCUGCGUGCAGACUCAGAUGUCCUUCGCUCCCGAUAUGCACAGCAUUUUGACCUGACUCUAGUUAAUAAUGGAGUUGAGCAGACAGUGCAGGAUCUGUUGGAAGCUUUUGAUGCAGCCUGUUCUUCCCCUCAGUGGGUUCCUGUUACGUGGGUGUACUAAAAACUUACUAAUAGGUGAAUCCCAAAAAUCAUUGAUCCCAUUCAGCCAUGAAAACUUACCCUUGGCCCCUAAGAAUUACUCAAGUUUACCACAAAAGUCUUUCUUCCUAUAUAAAACACAUAGGAGAACAGGGUAAUCUCUUAUCAACUGCAAUAGAAAACCAGUUGUUUAGAACCGUGCUGUCAAGCUUUUGUGCUGAUUAUAAUUAUGGACAGCCUUGAUCUAGAUUAAGAUAAUCUGAGUCUUACAAUGCAUUUUGAUUCCAGAAUACUUAAACAUUGCCCAAAUUGAACAGAUGACAUCUGGGAACUUUUCCAAACAUACCCACCCAGAGAAGCCAGUGACAUCAUUUAUCCUAAACUGUUAGGACACAGCAUAAGGUUGCCAGAUCAUGUACAAAAUGGGCUAGUAGAGCUGCACUGAUUGAAUUUAAUUUUAAUGCAAUAUGUUUGCAAUCAGCUCAUCUCAUCUGAAUUUAUAGUUUCACAUGAUUUGGUAACAGUAACAUAGAGGUCAUUGUGCAGUGAAGUAUGCCGUGUAAACUCUUAGAAAAAAAAAA